AUGCGCAGUAUCACCGAGCAGGCCGCGCUCGAUGAAUUCCUCAGCACCGCCGAGUUGGCCGGCACCGAUUUCACCGCCGAAAAGAUGAACAACGUCAAGAUCAUCCACACCGACCAGAAGAACCCCUACCUGCUGUCGGCGUCUGAGGAGAAAUCCGCCAUCAGGAAGCACCAGAAGAACAAGGGCCGGCUCACCGUGCCCAGACGGCCGAAGUGGGACUCGUCGACGACACGCCAGCAGCUGGAGCUGAGCGAGAAGGAGAGCUUUAUGGACUGGCGCAGAGGCCUUGCCGAACUGCAGGAAAACAACGACCUCCUUAUGACUCCGUUCGAGCGGAAUCUCGAAGUCUGGCGCCAGCUGUGGCGAGUGAUUGAGCGCUCGGACCUGGUCGUGCAGAUUGUCGACGCCCGGAACCCGCUUCUCUUCCGCUCCGAGGAUCUUGAGACCUACGUGAAGGAGAUUGACCCCAAGAAGAGGAACCUGCUCCUCGUGAACAAGGCGGACAUGCUGACGGAGAAACAACGAGCGGCGUGGGCGGACUACUUCGUGCGGAACAACAUCAGCUUCCGGUUCUUCUCGGCCCACCUGGCCAAGGAGCGCAACGAGGCCCGGCUGCUGGAAGAAACCGGCUCGGACGAGGAUAGCGACGAGGAGCUGGCCGAGCCCACCAAGUCGAUGAACCUCCAGGACAACGCGGAGGCGCCCAAAUCCCGCCCCACGGAUAUCCUCGACGUUGACGAGCUCGAGGAGCUCUUCCUCUCUAACACGCCCGACACGCUCCCGGAUAGCGACAACCCGGAUGCGCCAACCAAGCAGAAGACCAUCAUCGGUCUGGUCGGUUACCCCAACGUCGGUAAAUCCAGCACGAUCAACGCGCUCCUCGGCGCCAAGAAGGUGUCGGUGUCGGCCACGCCCGGUAAAACCAAGCACUUCCAGACGCUGUACCUCUCGCCGGAGAUCAUGCUCUGCGACUGCCCCGGUCUGGUGUUCCCCAAUUUCGCCACGACCAAGGCCGAGCUCGUCUGCAGCGGUGUGCUCCCGAUCGACCAGCAGCGCGAAUUCCUCGGCCCGUCCGGCCUGGUCGCCCAGCGCAUCCCCAAACACUUCCUGGAAAACCUCUGCUCUUCUGCCACCCACCGCCGACGCCCGAGGGCGACGACCCCAUCGACCCGGACCAGUUCAACGCCGACCUGUACGACAUGGCGCAUCUGCCGCCGCGGCGUCAAGCGAUGCUGGCCAAGGCGCUCCACCUGGAAGGGGGUAGUGGCAGCGCCGCCGAUGACAAGGACUCGGAGAUGA